CGCACGGACGGACGGAGCUGUCCGUGGUGCUGCAAUCGGCCACUCCCCGGCACGCAUCACCGACAGCCACGUGACGCACCGUGUCUCUGGCUCCUGAUCAGCGCAGCGGGGGACACACACUGCACCUCCUCUUCCACGGAGAUCCGCGCAUUUUCCACCCGCGCACACGAGUUUUCAUCACUGAUUCACCUCUGGAUUAUUGUUUCUUCCCCUGCGUGGGAUUUCUGUUUUUAAACAGAACUUGAAGGACAGAACCUGCAAAGAAAAUUGACUGAGGAUUGCCUUGACAGACACUGCUUCUUUCUCUGAGAUUUAUCAGCCAACUUGGCUCCAUAUGGCAUUUUGUCACAUCGCUACUGAGGAUGCAGGCUGAAGCCCAGAGCAAGGCUUCCAGUAUACCCGCCAAAGAAUGCUGGCAUGAAUACCAAGAUUCAAGCUGCCAUUUCAACUCAAGUGAAACGGUGCACGCUCUAACUGGCACCAGAAGGGACUGUUCCAUAAUUACAUAAAUUAUACCGAGUGUGCCCGAUGGAUAUUUGAAUCCCUGUCAGUUUGCUCUAAAUAGUCAUGGGAGAGGGGACCUUUAAACAGUUCAAAUUAUUUUUGCGCAAACAGUGAGAGGUUUGGCCAGCGGCCUGGACAGUGUGUGGUAAUGGUAUGUGCUGCAGGAGAUAAGUGUUGGCAAAGCCUACUGCUAUGCAAAUUAUUUAUACUAUUUAAUCUUUUGUUGUACAAUGCACACACCUGCCGACCUAUGUAGACAAUCAAAUAUAUGCCAGUCUGCCCAAUCAAAGCCUGACCGACACACUUUCUGCUGAAAUAAGUAAAUUAAUUCAGCUGAACAGUCACCUAUUGACCUACGCAGAAUGAUUUUACAAAAGCUACAUGGCGCCCAUAUCAUAUGGGUGGGGCUGCUUGUUUGCUGUUUCCUAGAAAGAGGUAGCUGUCUUGAAUUCUCAGGCACUGAGGGGCAGUGGGCUAGAUUUCCAGUGUGGAACGCAUGCUGCGAAAGUGAAAUGAGCUUCAACAUGAAAACAAAGAGCUCCCACGGGCUGCUAGUUUACUUCGAUGACGAAGGAUUUUGUGACUUUCUAGAACUUUUCAUACAGAACGGCAAACUCAGCCUUCGCUUCUCAAUUUUCUGUGCCGAGCCGGCGACCGUCCUCUCUGACGCAGCGGUCAACGACAGCCAGUGGCAUGCUGUCACAAUAAGGAGAAACUUCAAGAACACGACCCUAAUGGUGGAUGACGAGGUGAAAUGGGUGGAGGUGAAGUCAAAAAGACGGGAUAUGACUGUUUUCAGCCAUUUGUUUCUUGGUGGAAUACCAUCGGAGAUACUUUCUGUGGCGUUAAGACUCACGUCAGCUGCGGUCAAAGAUCAGCUGCCGUUUGCCGGAUGGAUAACAGAUGUAAAGGUCAACAACACUGAGUCUGUAAUGAUCAACAGUGAAGGGGUUGUAAGUGACCUCUGUGGUACUGCUAACAUGUGCUUAAAUGGAGGCGUCUGCAAUUUAAUCAACAACAAGCCCACGUGCGACUGCUCUCAGACGGGGUUCCAAGGGAAGGACUGCAGUGAAGAAGACAGCUAUACUGAAGGUCUGGCACACCUGAUGAUGGGCGACCAAGGUAAAACUAAAGGGCAGAGAGGAGAAGCUUGGCUUCUAAGGUCCCUCCUGAGCAUUCAAGGAAAAGAAGAAUAUGUUGCAACGUUCAAAGGAUCUGAGUUCUUCUGCUACGACUUGUCCUUGAACCCGAUUCAAAGCAGCAGUGAUGAAAUCACAUUGUCAUUCAAAACCCUCCAGAGGAAUGGACUGAUGCUGCACACGGGCAAAUCAGCUGAUUACGUCAACCUGGCAUUGAAAAAUGGGGCUGUCUCACUCGUCAUUAAUUUGGGGUCUGGAGCCUUUGAAGCUCUGGUGGAGCCAGUCAAUGGGAAAUUUAAUGACAAUGAUUGGCAUGAUGUCAAAGUAACAAGGAAUCUACGUCAGCACUCAGGCAUUGGACACGCUAUGGUAACAAUAUCCGUGGAUGGGAUUCUUACCACCACAGGAUAUACGCAAGAAGACUACACCAUGCUAGGCUCUGAUGACUUUUUCUAUGUUGGAGGGAGUCCUAGCACUGCUGACCUGCCUGGAUCACCUGUUAGCAACAACUUCAUGGGUUGCCUCAAGGAGGUUGUGUACAAAAACAAUGAUGUAAGACUUGAGUUGUCCAGACUGGCCAAGCAAGAUGAUGCCAAGAUGAAGAUCCAUGGUACCGUAGCCUUCAAGUGUGAGAAUGUGGCCACUUUGGACCCCAUCACAUUCGAGACGCCAGAGUCAUUUAUCAUCCUCAACAAGUGGAACGCAAAGAAGACGGGAUCUAUCUCCUUUGACUUUCGCACCACAGAGCCCAAUGGCCUUCUCCUCUUUAGCCAUGGCAAACCUAAACAGCAGCCAAAGGAUUCUAAGAGUCUCCAGACCCUGAAGGUAGACUUCUUUGCUAUUGAGAUGCUGGAUGGCCAUCUGUACCUGCUGCUUGACAUGGGCUCUGGAACCACCAAGACCAAGGCAGUUAAUAAGAAAGUCAACGAUGGAGAGUGGUACCAUGUGGACUUCCAGCGUGAUGGAAGAUCAGGUACCAUCUCUAUCAACACCCUCCGUACCGCCUAUACAGCUCCUGGGGAAAGUGAAAUCCUCGAUUUGGAUGACAAUCUCUACCUCGGGGGUCUGCCAGAAAAUAAAAUGGGUUUGGUGUUCCCCACUGAGGUGUGGACAGCACUACUCAACUACGGCUACGUAGGCUGCAUCCGAGAUCUGUUCAUCGAUGGACAGAGUAAGGAUGUCCGACGUUUGGCGGAGAUCCAAAAAGCUGCCGGGGUUAAGCCCUCGUGUUCGAAGGAACCUCCCAAACAGUGCUUGAGUAACCCCUGCCAAAAUAAUGGGAUCUGCAGGGAGGGCUGGAACCGCUAUGUGUGCGACUGCUCUGGAAGCGGUUACCUUGGUCGCUCCUGUGAGAGAGAGGCCACCAUCCUCAGCUAUGACGGCAGCAAGUUUAUGAAGGUGCAGCUGCCUGUGGUGAUGCACACAGAAGCUGAGGAUGUGUCACUGCGCUUCCGCUCUCAGCGAGCCUACGGCAUCCUAAUAGCCACCACAUCCCGAGACUCUGCUGACACCCUGCGUCUCGAGCUGGAGAGCGGCCGCGUCCGCCUGACUGUCAAUUUAGAUUGUAUGAGGAUAAACUGUACCUCCAGCAAAGGACCAGAGACUAUUUUUGCGGGUCAGAAUCUGAACGAUAAUGAGUGGCACACAGUGCGUGUGUUCAGAAGGGGCAAGAGUUUAAAACUAACCGUCGACGAUCUGCCACCAGUUGAAGGUCAAAUGGCAGGUGACCACACCCAACUGGAGUUCCAUAAUAUUGAGACGGGCAUUGUGACAGAGAAGCGCUUCAUGUCAACGGUGCCUUCCAACUUCAUUGGUCACAUCCAGAGCCUCUCCUUCAAUGGCAUGGCCUACAUAGACCUCUGUAAAAACGGUGACAUUGAUUACUGCGAGCUCAAUGCCAUGAUUGGCUUCAAGAACAUCAUAGCUGACCCUGUCACUUUCAAGUCCCGCUCCAGCUAUGUGACCCUGACGGCACUUCAGGCCUACUAUUCCAUGCACCUUUUCUUUCAGUUCAAAACCACCUCUUCUGAUGGCCUCAUCUUGUACAACAGUGGGGAUGGGAAUGACUUCAUUGUGGUGGAACUGGUCAAAGGCUACCUGCACUAUGUGUCUGAUUUGGGGAAUGGGGCCCAUUUGAUUAAAGGCAACUCCAACAAGCCUCUGAAUGACAACCACUGGCACAAUGUCAUCAUCUCCAGGGACACCAACAACCUCCAUACCGUUAAGAUUGAUACAAAGAUCACAACCCAGACCACCACAGGAGCCAAAAACCUGGACCUGAAGGGUCAUCUUUACAUUGGUGGGGUGGCUAAGGAGAUGUACAAGGACCUUCCCAAACUGGUGCACGCCAAGGAGGGGUUCCAGGGCUGUCUGGCAUCAGUUGAUCUGAAUGGACGGCUUCCGGAUUUGAUGUCAGACGCUCUGGACUGUGUGGGACAGAUUGAAAGGGGGUGUGAAGGUCCAAGCACAACAUGCCAAGAGGACUCCUGCACCAACCAGGGUGUGUGUCUCCAGCAGUGGGAGGGCUUCAGCUGUGACUGCAGUAUGACGACAUUUGAUGGACCACUUUGUAACGACGCGGGAACAACAUACAUAUUUGGGCGAGACGGUGGACUGAUCACAUACACGUGGCCACCAAAUGACCGUCCCAGCACGAGGGCUGACCGGCUAGCCAUUGGCUUCAGCACGCACCUGAAGGAUGCUGUUCUCGUGAGGGUGGACAGCUCUUCUGGUCUCGGAGACUUCUUAAAACUCCACAUCGAAAAGGGAAACAUUGCUGUUGUAUUCAACGUUGGGACGGAUGACAUUAACAUUGAGGAGACAUCAAAGUUUGUAAAUGAUGGAAAGUACCAUAUAGUGAAGUUUACGAGGAGUGGGGGUAAUGCCACUCUGCAGGUGGAUGACCUGCCAGUCAUUGAGCGCUACCCUACAGGCAACAAUGAUAACGAACGCCUGGCGAUUGCUAGACAGCGAAUCCCAUAUCGACUUGGUCGAGUAGUUGACGAAUGGCUACUCGACAAAGGGCGCCAACUUACAAUCUUCAACAGCCAAACAACUAUACAGAUUGGGGGCUGGGAGCGAGACCGGAGUCGAUCCUUUCAGGGCCAGCUUUCAGGCCUGUACUAUAAUGGGUUGAAGGUAUUCAACAUGGCUGCAGAGGGAGAUCCCAACAUUAGGAUCCAGGGCAGUGUGCGGCUUGUGGGAGAGUCGCCCUCCUCUAUCACGCAGCAGUCAAGUACAACAGCCAAUCGCUCAGAAACAUCCACAUCCAUCAUGGAGCUCACCACCACUACAGCAUCCAGCAGACGGGUCAAGCAGACGACACCACGGGAGCCUCAGCAGACAACUGAUGACGUACUGGUGGCAUCAGCAGAGUGUCCGAGCGACGACGAGGACAUUGAUCCCUGUGAGCCGAGCUCAGGUGGGUUAGCCAACCCUACAGGUGCCGGACCCAAGGGUUACCCAGGGACAUCAGAGGUCUUCCGGGAGUCUAGCAGCACAACAGGAAUGGUGGUUGGCAUUGUUGCAGCAGCGGCGCUGUGCAUUCUCAUCCUCCUUUAUGCUAUGUACAAAUACCGAAAUAGAGAUGAGGGUUCCUACCAUGUCGAUGAGAGUCGCAACUACAUCAGCAACUCAGCACAGUCCAACGGUACUGUGGUCAAAGAGAAACCAGUCAACACCACAAAGACCUCAAGCAAGAACAAGAAGAACAAGGACAAGGAGUACUAUGUGUGAUUGCCAGUGUUUUGGUCUUUGUACGACCAAUUUAACAUUUAUCUAAAAGACAAAUCAGGACAUUAUCAUGUGUACAGUAUAAUAACAAAGAUGAACAAUAAAAACAUUAUAUAGUCAUUUUUCCUAUAUGACAAUGCUCUGACAAGUAAAUAUCAGAAAUUUAACAUUAUACUUCUUUAGCAGUCAGCAAUGGACAUGACAUCAAAAUGUAGUGUUGAUGGGAAAUGCCUGUCACAGUUAAAACUGAACCGAACGCAUAUCUAACAAGUCAAACAAACAUGAAAUCAUUAAUGACUUGUAUCCCGAACCAGGAUCAUGCUGUCUAACUCCCUUGUUUGUUGUAAACAAAGGAGCCCAAACGCACUUUGCAGGGGAGAUUCAGCAUUGCAGCUGUAACGUUUUCAAUUACAUUGCCUGUAUUUGUGUUGUUGAGACUGUUUCCAAGAGGACAUGACACAAUGCAUAAAUGAAUACAAAAACAUGCCAAACAUGUAGUGCGAAGGAACAGAGAGAAAAGUCAGGUGAGAGAGAAAAACGUCCCAGCCGGAUGCCUGGGACUCAGCCAAAGUACUUAAAGUAAAGAAGCAACGACGGCCUGCACAGACUUAUACCUGGCUGACGGAGCUGCCAUAGAGCAAAGAUAAGAUUGGAUUGCAGUUUUUUAAGACUGUUUUGAAAGGUUACAUACAGUAAGGAAUUUUGGAGGCCUUCGUUUUCGCAUGGUGUGGACUCAAAGGAUGGUUUCCUCAGAAUUCUGGAGAAGUCUUGGACAUGAUCACUUGGGAGCCAUGCACGCAAAAUUAUCUUAUUACAGUACAUAUGUUUAUAUACAGUACAACCACAUCUAUAUGUGCUUUCUGGACUGUGACAAAGUGGUGUUUUAUAGCCUGUUGUAUAGACAAUGCAAACUAUAACUGCUCCUCAACCAUUUUUGAAUAAAACUUUAACAGGAAAAAAGGACAAAAAGAUAACAUAAGUGUUAUUAAAUGUUGCUAGACAUAGAUUUUAUGAAGACAUCUACAUUUUUUUUCUUUUUUUUAGUUUGACAAUUUGAUUCUUCCCUGUUUAUACAUGUGUUCCUCUAUAGUUUUUAUACAGAUUCCGAACCGAAACAGAUCAUCCCAGACCAGUAGCAGCCAAACCUUUCCCCAAAAUAACAACAAAAAAAAUAAAAUAAUAAAAAAUAAAAAAAAAACAAAAAACUGCAAAGGAGUUAAAGAUUGCAGACAGGCAUGGCUUGAAAAUGUGUGUGGCUCCCUUUUUAAGGAUACUGGUAGAAUCACUGCGUUCCUCCUCAAUCCUUAUAUAAGUGAGAAUGAAGAAUAUGACCUUGACAACAGAGAUUAAGAUAAUUGCUGGGUGUGUUUCCAAGUGGUAUCAGAAGAUUGUCCAAUGUGUGAUUGCACUGAUGCAAAACCUGAGGAGAAUAGCUCCAUUUCAACUGUUCUGUGUUUGUUCUGUCAUUCUGUCAGUCGGUUCUGCUUUCCAGAGACCUGUACUUGGAAUGAGUAUGAGGAAAAUGACCAUGAACUAUAAAUAAUGAUUAUAAAUUC